ACCGACCUGCUUAGAGCCAAAAUAAUUUUUUUUGUGGCUGAACCCACCGCAUCUCCCUACUCGAACAAGUGGUUCGUGUUCAGGAAGCCCAAUAAGAUGCUCAGGUGGAUCCAGGACCUACAAAAGCUCAAUGCGGUAACAAUCAGGGAUGCAGGCUCGCUUCCACAGGCCGACUUGUUGGUAGAAUCUCAUGCGGGGCGGAGUAUUUACUCCCUGGUAGACUUGUACUCAGGAUAUGAUCAGUUGUCGCUCGACGCCAUGGAUAGACCAUAUACCGCAAUGCACACCCCGGUAGGACAGCUGCAGAUGCAAGUGAACCCUAUGGGCUUCACAAAUGUGGUAGCAGAAGCUCAGAGGAGGAUGCUUGCCGUCGCAGGGGAUAUGUUUCUAGAAAAGUGUGAACCUUACAUAGAUGAUAAUCCCGUGAAAGGCGCAAGAUACAAAGAUGAGACGGAAGUACAACCGGGAGUGCGGAAGUUCGUCUGGGACCACUUGCAGGAUGUUAAGGACUUACUCCAGCGAUUACUAGUCUACAACAUUACUGCAAGCGGACCCAAGAGCAUCCUGGCAGUCCCGGAAGUAACCAUACUGGGAUUCCGCUGUGGAGCUUAUGAGAGGAGACCCGCUCCAGCAAAGACUGAUAAGAUCUCUCAGUGGCCAACACCCCUGCGUACCACGACGAAAGUACGAGCCUUCCUAAAGGUGGUUGGAUUCUGGAGGAUCUUCAUCAAAGGUUUCGCAAAGAUAGCAGAACCCAUCCGCGCGAUGAUUAGGGAAGGUGGCACUAUGGAUUGGACAGAGGAUAGGGAAGAGGCAGCCAAGACCCUGAAAUACAUUUUGUCGUCCGAUCAGGUCACGUUAGCAGCACCCUGUUUCAAUGACGAGGUAGGACGACCCUUCAUCUUAGAAACAGAUGGGGGACCAUUGGCAGUGGGAGGAGUAUUGAUACAGAGAAGCGAGAAGGGCAAAGAAAGACCAAUCAUAUUUGAAAGUAGGACCCUGAAUUCACCAGAACGACGGUAUUCGCAGUUCAAGAAGGAGGUUUUAGCAAUUCUACAUUGUCUUAAGACCUUCCAGGCAUACCUGUUCGGGAGACGAUUUAUCCUAAGGAUCGAUCCCACCAACGUUGCCGGAGCCCUAAAGAACUACAAGCCCAUAGACCCGACUGUCGGCAGAUGGAUAGGCUUCAUAUGGCAAUUUGACUAUAAGGUCGAGCGAAUUGCAGGGCUGGCAGAUGGGUUGAGCAGGGUUUGUAUCACGCCAGAAGGAGUAGAGGACGCAGAACCAAUUGAUGCCUUCCUGAAGUACGAUGGAGGGACCCUUAUCGUGGAUAAUGAGAUGGCAGAUCCGGCAAUUACAACCGGACAAUUGCUGAUUCAGACCUUGGAAAAGGGCGCACCUUCAGUGGUUGCAGAACUAUGGGAAGGACCAGUCACCACGGUCAGGCGCAAAGAGGAAAAGGACUUGUGGGGAGCAUAAGUAGGAGCCAGAGAGGAACUGAUGGCAAUGACCGUGGAGGGGGGACGAGACGCCGUGAUGACGUUGGCCGAAGCCUGUGCGCAGAAGGAGUGUCAGUAUCUAGUCAACCUCACUCGGGAGGAGCAGGGUACGGAUCAGAAGGAACAAGAGUUCUUCCUCAUACAGAUGUACGAGGCCGUCUUCAAAGAAAUCGGUCUGCUCCUUGUAGGGAACAAACAAACCACGGAAGU